UUUAGAGCAAAGACCUAAAACUACCGCUCAAUCCUGGACAGAGACUGAUCCCUCUGAGUUUAUUGGAGCAGCUGCUGUAUUUAGGGAUACCGUAUACUGAAAUGCCAAAAACGAUACAUGCUUAUAUUUAAUUGGUGUUUAACAGUCUUCGGAAUGACAGAAGGUUACGGUUAUGAGUCUCAAUGAAUACAAGAAAACGCCACGGUUCUAGAAGUACAGAGCAGGGAGUAUAUCUUGGACCCUCCCAAACACAAGUGUAUCCCCCUGCAUCCAGCCCUCCUGUUUAUCAGCCUCAACCACCACCUCCUCCUCCUCCCUUAACAAUUAUUGACGAUACCAUGUCUUGUAGAGAUCGAACACAGGAGUUUCUGUCAGCCUGCAAAUCCCUGCAGGGGAGACAGAAUGGGGUCCAAAUUAACAAACCAACUCUGACUGCUGUAAAGCAGAGAAGUGACUUUACGCUAAUGGCAAAGAGAAUCGGGAAGGAUUUAAGUAACACAUUUGCCAAACUGGAAAAGCUUACUAUACUUGCCAAACGGAAGUCUUUGUUUGAUGACAAAGCCAUCGAAAUAGAGGAGCUGACUUACAUAAUUAAGCAGGACAUUAACAGUCUGAACAAACAGAUUGCUCAGCUGCAGGAAUUUGUGAAAGCUCGGGGUAACCAGAAUGGAAGACACUUACAAACACAUUCCAAUACAAUUGUCGUUUCAUUACAGUCCAAAUUGGCAUCCAUGUCAAAUGAUUUUAAGUCUGUACUUGAAGUCCGCACAGAGAAUCUCAAGCAGCAGAGAAGUAGAAGAGAACAUUUCUCCCAGCUACCAGUUUCAGGGUCACCUUUGCAUGCUAAUAAUUUUGGCAACUCUGUUCUGAUGCAGGAUGAAUCUCGACGAUCAGGUGAUGUUUCUAUAAACAUGGACUCCAAAGUUAGUCAACAGUUGCAGCUUAUAGACGAACAGGACUCGUACAUUCAAAGCAGAGCUGACACCAUGCAAAACAUAGAGUCAACCAUUGUGGAGCUCGGGUCUAUAUUCCAGCAGCUUGCUCAUAUGGUUAAAGAGCAAGAGGAGACUGUUCAAAGGAUUGAUGCCAAUGUGGAGGAUGCUCAACUGAAUGUGGAAGCGGCUCACUCUGAAAUCCUUAAGUACUUUCAGUCAGUUACCUCAAAUCGCUGGCUAAUGGUGAAGAUCUUCUUCAUUCUCAUCAUUUUCUUCAUUGUCUUUGUAGUCUUUCUGGCUUAAGCAAGGUAUAACAUUCACACAGGAGGCCAGUGUCCCACUGCACUCACAGCUGUGCCUUACUGCAGUGAUACCAACAUGUGAAAUGCACAUUUUAUUGGCAAGUUCCAUUUUUGUGAGGAUUCUUGGUAAAUAUUUUGCUUUUCAUGUGCACAGUGGAGCAGUGUCUAAAUUUAGCACUUGACUGUUUUUAGAGAAAUACAGUACCACCAAGACACUGCCUGAAGAAACCGUGGUGUCAUUCUUACAGGAAUCCUUCAAAGUGAGGCCCAAACAUGAGCCAAUUAAAACUGAAUUUCCAAGCUGCUAUUGUACAGUAUGGGUAUAGUCCUGGGAGGAGUCUAAAGCAGUAUGUUCAGGUCCUCCAUUUCCCUGCACACCAGUCUGUUCACUUGGUGCACUUUCUGUCCCUUCUUGAAACUACAUUAUUAAAGAACGCUAGCAAGUGUACGUAAAUCUGUGAAGUUAAAUCUUAACCUGUGAAGAGACAGGAAGAGUGGGGGAAAAAACUGGUUUUAAAACGCAACUUCUUUCAGCGACGUGGAUCAGUAUUUACUCAAUGAAAAAGAGAAGUCGGCACAAGAAAAUGGCUUCAGACAACACUUUGACCUGGCAGUCCACUGCUCCUCCACGUUUAUUCCGGAGUAAAUGAAUUGGGCUCUUUUUUUCUGAUUUGGGUGGAAUGGUGAAAUUUUCCAUUUCAGCAUCCGGCACAGUGCUUGGACUGUUUUUGCAGUUAUAUUUAUUACUUUGUAUCACUUCACAUUUAUUUUGGAAGUUUUGUAUUGUUGCUUUGGAAGAUGCUGAGAUUCAUUGUUUGAUUUGGACUACUAGAAAAAUUGGACAUGGGGUGAAAGCAAGCAAGUGUCCUCUUCAGUCUUCUUCUGUUCCCUGUUUCUAAUGUAUUUAAUUAACUAGCCUUUCAAAAUGGGAAUAAAGAACAUGUAACUUAUGUGCAAUAUAUAUAUUCAGAGAGAGAGAGAGAGAGAGAAAUGUUUUGACAUAUGCAUACAUUUCUGUCAGAAUCAUUUUGAUUUCUGCAUUUUUCUACUUUCUUAAAACAAAAUGAAAAAAUGCCAGUUUACUACUUUUUUGAUAAAAUUAGUGAUGGACAUUAAAAUAUAAAGAAACAUUCCACCACUUCAUCCUUUUGACUGGAAAGGGGUUAAGUUAGAAAUGAAUGAACUUGAGUAGAUCUGGUCUUUGUUUUGAUUUUGUUUUUAUUGUAAUUAUAUAGAAUAUUUUUAAUUUGCGUACCACUUGGGGGGGUUGGGGGUUGGGUUAUGAAUUAAAUGACCAUGUUAACUAAAUUUGAUCACUCAAUGUACAGCUAAAUU